CAGCUUUGGAGUGGGAUCUCCUCUUCCUUCCCCGCCCUCUUCCGCCGACAGCGGGAGAGUACGCGGCGCAGCGGCUACACCACCGUCUCCAGGCUCCCAAACACGUCCCUGCCAUCCUUUUUUGACUCCGGAGUCCCUCCCCUCCUUGCCUACCUGGCGAGGAUCCCAUACCCAAUCCCAUCCAACUAGCUUCCUACUACUUCCCCCCCGUCCUCUCGAUCCCUCUCCCCGUUCCCCUGACCAGCCGGGCGUCAAGUGGCAGGGAGGAGAGGCGGCACCGCGUGUGAGGCUCAAUGGGGAAGGGGAGCGCGCGGGCGCUGGCCCUGGCGCUCGCCGUGAUUCUCGCCUGCUCCGACGUCGCCGUCGUCACGGCUCAGGAAACCGAGCGGAUCGAAGGAAGCGCUGGUGAUGUGUUAGAAGAUGACCCUGUUGGGAGGCUCAAGGUCUAUGUCUAUGAUCUCCCCAGCAAAUACAACAAGAAGCUGCUCAAGAAGGAUCCUAGGUGCCUGAACCAUAUGUUUGCCGCUGAGAUCUUCAUGCACCGGUUCCUGUUGUCAAGCGCUGUCCGAACUUUUAAUCCUGAGGAAGCAGAUUGGUUCUACACACCCGUAUACACGACGUGUGAUCUGACCCCUAAGGGUCUUCCCUUGCCUUUCAAGUCUCCUCGGAUGAUGCGUAGCGCAAUCCAGCUGAUUGCUACGAACUGGCCUUACUGGAAUAGAUCAGAGGGCGCAGAUCAUUUCUUUGUCACACCCCAUGACUUUGGUGCUUGCUUUCAUUAUCAGGAAGAGAAAGCCAUUGGACGGGGAAUCCUUCCCUUGCUUCAGCGUGCUACGUUGGUUCAGACCUUUGGACAGAAGAACCAUGUCUGCCUGAAGGAUGGGUCCAUCACGAUCCCGCCAUAUGCGCCUCCUCAGAAAAUGCAGACUCACCUUAUCCCCCCGGACACCCCUCGAUCCAUCUUUGUGUACUUCCGAGGUCUGUUCUAUGACACCGGCAAUGACCCCGAGGGCGGAUACUACGCAAGAGGUGCUCGUGCAUCGGUCUGGGAGAACUUCAAGAACAACCCGCUGUUUGACAUCUCGACCGAUCACCCACCAACAUACUACGAAGACAUGCAGCGCUCGGUGUUCUGCCUCUGCCCGUUGGGCUGGGCACCGUGGAGUCCCAGGCUAGUCGAAGCCGUGGUCUUUGGCUGCAUCCCGGUGAUCAUCGCAGACGACAUCGUCCUCCCCUUCGCGGACGCCAUCCCGUGGGAGGAGAUCGGCGUCUUCGUUGCAGAGGAUGAUGUCCCGCAGCUGGACAGCAUCCUGACAUCCAUCCCCACAGACGUCGUGCUGAGGAAGCAGCGGCUCCUUGCGAACCCGUCGAUGAAGCAGGCCAUGCUGUUCCCCCAGCCUGCUCAGCCAGGAGAUGCGUUCCACCAGAUCCUGAACGGCCUAGCGCGCAAGCUCCCGCACGGCAGCAAUGUCUUCCUGAAGCCUGGUGAGAGGGCCCUGAACUGGACCGCUGGACCACCAGGCGACCUGAAACCUUGGUAGCGUCCUGUGGAUCUGAGAUGGAUACGACUUGUUCUGAAAGGAAAUAUGGAGAACAUGAUUAUAUAUAUACCCGUGCCUUUGAGUUACCAUGGGUGCAUAGUGCUGACAAGAAGCCAAAUGUACAUCGUUCUAUGUUCUUUUUCUAUAACUGUUAUAUACAUAUAAAUAUCUUCGUUUCUUC